AAGGAGGCGACAACAUCAAAUUUUUACCAACUUGAGCUUCCUUCUUAUACCGUUCAAAAUGCGAUUAGCAUUUUCUUUAUUCAUUGUCUUCGUGACUUACGUCAUUGCAGACAAGGAGACGCAAACAAAUGAUAACCAAAACGUGCACAAAUAUCACUCGCGUGACAUGGAAUCACUUCGGCAAUUGAUGACCAUGUCGUUCAUUUUGCCUUCGAGAGAAACAGUGACGGAAACAAAGAUCGUAGUAUCGACAGUGUCGCAGCAGUUCACCAUUCCAACUCGUAGAACUGUCAUGGAAAUGACGACAUCAACAUCGACCAUCACCUGCACGAAAUCAGUUGCUGUUCCCUGUUCGAUUCGCCAAAGGCCAAGCCGACUUCCAUCACGGCCAAUGCGACCAGUGGCUCAAUCUCCUUCCAUAAUUUCAACCAUAACAGUUGACGAAGAUAAAAAGGCCACAGAACAAGAAGGGGUAAAGAAACCAAUUCAAUCGGUGCAAUCUAUCAAACACACAGCCCUCGAAGUGUUCCUUUCAGAAGCAGAAAUUCACGAUCUCCUUGACGAGGCUUUCAACGCGAACGAACAACAGUUUCCCAAUGUAUCUCCCUCUGUCGUUCAAGAAGUCGAGCCUACCGUCCUACAAGAACUUCCAUCUCGAGGAGCUCGCGUUGCUGAUCCACAGCUGAUGUUGGUGUACGGCAGACAACCAGAAGACAUCGAGUCUGCUUUCUACGACGGUCCCUAUAAUCCCGUUACGUUGCCUUUCAGCAGGCGCUAUUUAAAACCCGCUCCGCCAACGAACAGGAGAUACGUGGAACCUGCUGGUGGUCUGCAGCGCCAAUUCUUGCAACAAUUUUUCACGGUGACAAGAAGGUCAACUGUCUUCGAACUUGCUAUUUCCACUGUGACUCCGACAUGUUCGGAACCUGGCCGAAUUCCGCAAUGUCCAGUGGAGAAGAAGAAAACGAUUGACAAGAAGAAUGAGCAAGACAAAGAGAGCUCUUAGAUUUUUGUUUUCUGG